AUGCUGCGGUUCCUGCGCCGGACCUUUGGCCGCCGCUCCAUGCAGCGCUACGCGCGGGGCGCGGCGGGGCGCGGGGCCGCCGGGCUGGGGGACGAGCGCGACGGGGGGCCGCGAGGGGGCCCGGCCGCCGCCGUCAGCUCCUCGGUGCUGCCCGCCGCGCCCGGGGGCAGCGUGUUCCCGGCCGGCGGCGGGCCCCUGCUCACGGGCGGCGCGGCUGUGCACAUCUCCGCCUCUGGAGCGGCCAAGGCCACCCUCUACUGCCGUGUCUUCCUGCUCGACGGAACCGAAGUGAGCGUGGACCUGCCGAAACAUGCCAAAGGCCAGGAUUUGUUUGACCAGAUUGUGUACCACUUGGACCUGGUGGAAACAGAUUAUUUUGGUCUGCAGUUCCUCGACUCCGCCCAGGUCACGCACUGGCUGGAUCAUUCGAAACCCAUAAAGAAACAGAUGAAAGUUGGACCUGCCUAUGCUUUGCACUUUCGAGUCAAAUACUAUUCUUCAGAACCAAACAACCUUCGAGAGGAAUUUACAAGGUACCUGUUUGUUUUACAACUCAGGCAUGACAUUCUUUCUGGAAAACUGAAGUGCCCCUAUGAAACGGCUGUGGAGCUAGCUGCCCUCUGUCUGCAAGCGGAGCUGGGGGAGUGUGAGCUCCCGGAACACACACCGGAGCUUGUGUCUGAGUUUCGGUUCAUCCCAAAUCAGACAGAAGCCAUGGAGUUCGAUAUCUUCCAGAGAUGGAAAGAGUACAGGGGAAAGAGCCCUGCCCAGGCAGAACUCUCCUAUCUCAACAAAGCAAAGUGGCUGGAAAUGUAUGGGGUGGACAUGCACGUCGUCAGGGGAAGAGAUGGCUGUGAAUAUUCUCUUGGACUGACCCCGACAGGCAUAUUAAUCUUUGAAGGAGCUAACAAAAUAGGCUUAUUCUUUUGGCCUAAGAUUACCAAAAUGGACUUUAAAAAGAGCAAACUGACCCUCGUAGUCGUGGAGGAUGACGACCAGGGGCGCGAGCAGGAGCACACGUUCGUGUUCAGGCUGGACAGCGCACGCACCUGCAAGCACUUGUGGAAGUGCGCCGUGGAGCACCACGCCUUCUUCCGCCUGUGCACGCCGAGCAACAGCAAGUCCACCAGAUCGGACUUCAUCCGGCUGGGUUCCCGCUUCCGGUUCAGCGGGCGGACAGAAUACCAGGCGACACACGGCUCCAGAUUGCGAAGAACCAGCACCUUUGAGAGGAAGCCUAGCAAACGUUACCCGUCCCGGCGACAUUCCACAUUCAAAGCAAGCAACCCCGUGAUUGCUGCUCAGCUCUGCUCCAAAGCAAAUCCUGAAGUCCAUAAUUACCAGCCUCAGUACCAUCCGAACGUCCACCCCAGCCAGCCCCGGUGGCAUCCUCACUCUCCAAAUGUCAGCUACCCGCUCUCCUCCCCAGCGCUCAGCCCUACAGAAAGACUGCCUUUCGGCCUCGAGGAGAAUGGGGGCACACCGUUCGCCCCCAAAGCUUCGGGGAGGCACCACCACCAGCUCCAACACCACUCCAACUAUGGCCUUUCGCUGACCCUGGAGAAGAAGGAGGGGCCGCUGAGGUCCCCAAACUCCAGCAAGGCCCUCACCAAACUGAGUCCAGGAGCACCUGCCCUGUACAGUGAAGCCGCUGCUCAUCUGAAGAAGCUGGAGCUGGAGACUGUGAAGACGGCGGGACCCUGGCCUGCCCUGCACAUCAACAUAAACAAGGCCGAGGAAAAGAAAGUUUCUGAGAAGACUCUUCAGGCCCCGCUGCUGCCGUCUCCCGUGGCCGAUCACGUGAAGUGUAACAUUUUGAAAGCACAGCUGGAGAACGCCUCUCGUGUGAAUGCCCAGAUUGUAAAGGAGGAGCCCACAUUUGUAAAUAUCAAUAAGAAAUCGAGUCUUCAGGACACUAAUGUAAGAAGCCCCAUUCCUAUACGCGUGGAAACAGCCCAGCCAGCUGUGGAGAAGCCAGAAAUCAAGCCUCCCCGAGUGAGGAAGUUAACAAGACAAUACAGUUUUGAUGAAGAUGACCUCCCUCCAGACCUGGCUGAGGCAGUGGGAGCCACCACAGCCACAACCACAAACACCACGAUGUCUGCCACUCAAGUCUCAGUGCCGCUGGCGUCCCCCAAAGUCCAGAAAGUCAGCUCUCCUCAGAAGUCAGAAGUCAAGAGCCCACUGUCCCCAGGGGCCAAGAGUCCCUCUGACCAUGGAGGCACCUUCACCUUGGGGCCAGGCGACCUGCUGAUGGACUUCACAGAAGCCACUCCUCUGGCAGAGCGCGCCAGCAGCCUUCACUGUGCCCACUCUCGCUGCUCUCCUCCACUCUCUCUCCCCAUGAAGGAAGAGACCACUGGAGUUUGCAUGUACCCUCCAAUCAAAACGAGGCUGAUAAAGACGUUCCCGGCAGAACCGAUGAUGAACCCGUUUCCUGACCCCUUCACCACAGGGCCACAGUUCACUGCAGACUUCAGAGAGAACCAAUUACAGUACUGUCCUGGCCAGUCUUCCCCGUUGAUUCCAACAGCGACCCUGCGGCCACUGACAGAGACCGUGUCCACAGUACAGACCAUCUACACCUCCCGGAAGCCUGUCUCUCUGGCAGCCAGUGCAGAGACGCUCCGGCAAGAACUGGAAAGAGAGAAGAUGAUGAAAAGAUUGCUGAUGACCGAACUGUGAGGCUCUGCCCUUGCUGCCUGGAGAUGGCAUGGUGCCUUCGUCCGCUUCCUUUCCUCGGGCUCGGUGUGCUCACUGCGGCACGGCGUCCAGAAGUGUGCUCUGUCCGCCCAGGUCUCCAGGGUUAGCGGAAGCCAGCUUCCGGCUUGACUUCGCUGGGAAAGUUAUUUUUAUGUCUCCUGAGCAAGAGAGGUUUUUCUACUGCUCAAUGCAGUGGAGACAGGGUUUGGUAGGAAGUUUCUAGAAGAAGGGGGAUUUCUGUUCAGCGGAUCCUGUGUGCAUCUGUUAGUAACCCCAGGGGCUAACGCGGCACAGAAUCCCCCGUUCAUACUCUACUAUGUGACUUUUUUAUGAUCGAAACUUGCACCAAGCUUUGGCUGUUUGUUAAAAUGGAUCAUUUUUAAUGAGAGAAUAAUUCUUUACUGCUGGUUUUUCCAUUUACACUGGUAAAUACACAGAUCUUAUAAAAUCAUUUAUUUUUAUUCAGACAUGAACAGAUGAAUGGAAAAAAGGUUACAUAUUACUACAACUGAAAAUACAUCAGCUUAACCUGAAAUAAAAUUGAAUGUGUGAACUCAUUGGAUACCACAUAACCUGGGAUAAAAGGAAUUUAUCUUGGAGCCCCAUGUAGGAAAUUCUAACUUACAUCAUCUAAAAAUCUUGACAAGGUCAAGAUGAUUCAGUAUCAGGAAGACUCAUUUGGCUUUUCCAUAAAGAUAAAUUAUUUCUAAAUUCUAUCCACUCCUAACCAUGUUGACAGAAUCCUGCCCAGAAGAAACUUAACUCCCUUUUUAUAUAGUUUCAAGAAACACAUUUUUAAAUAUUUAUUAUUCACUUGAAUACCUUUGCAGGAAUUAAGGAGCCCCUACUUACAGCUAGCUCUCUGAAGUUCUUUCUGAUUCUCCUUGAUAUGCUCCGUUUUUACAUAGCUGUGCUCAGCGAGAACAUUCCUUUUGUUAUAUUUCCACCUAACACAUCUCCUUACUAGACAGAUCCUACUCUCACUAAUUUAAAAAAGUCUUUAUAAUCACAUGACAUAGUUAACCUCACUUCUCCCAUUAUUAGACAUUUGAGUUAUAUGCAAAUUUUCACUCUUAUAAAUAGUGCUGCUAUGAAUGUCUUUGUAAAAAAAAUAUAAAUAAAUAAAUAUAUAUAUCUAUAAAAUCCUUCUCUUGGAUUAUUCCCUUUGGAAUAUCUCCAAAGAGGGAUUACAAGGUCAGAGAGCAUGAAGUAUUUUGUAGCUCUUGUUUUAUAUUGCCAGAUUGCUUUCUAGAAAGAUCCAAUCUUUGGAUUGGAAGGACCUUAAAGGUCAUCUCAUUUAAACUUCCCCUCCUCUGAAUGCUUGAAUCCCCUCUACAAUUUAUGA